GUUUUAUCUGUGGCUUGGCAGUGCAAGGCCUGGAAGAUGGCUGCAGGAUCAGGCGCGUCAAGCGGCCAAAGUCGUGGUUCGUCUGUGGCCCUGGAGUCAACUUUGGACCGACGGUUUCAAGGAGUGUCAAACACAAUGGAAUCAAUUCAAGGACUAUCAAAUUGGUGCAUUGAGAACAAGAAAUACCACAGCCUUAUCGUGCGUUACUGGAUGAAAUGGUUGAGGAAAUGUGAGUUGCUAAUGUUAGCUAGCUAACGUUAGCUGGUUUGCCUGGCUUCUUAGCGCUCGUUGCCUUGCUAGGUUAGUUAACUUUAGCUAGGUAACUGUUAGGUAGCUACUUAUGUUAACGUGUGCAUCUAUGGUUAGCGAAUGUUAACAAUAUAUAAUUAGCUAGUUCGUGACAUCGGUGAACAUCACAGGAAUGUCAUGUGAAACUAAAUAAUGUAAUUUAUCUUGUAGUUAGAGUAAUUAUAGCUAGCUUGUUAGUUAACGUUAACUAACGCGGGACUGCGCAUAUGGAGCUAGUUAGCGAACUUGUUAGCAAGUUAGCUAAUGCUGCCUUGUUAACUAGGACUUGGAGUUUCAGCCAGAUAAUGCUAUCACUACUAGUUGUUGAUGUCUAGCAAAUGUUUGUUAUAACGUGUCUGGUCAGUUGUUGACAAACAAUGGCGUUAGUGAGCGAUUAUUCUCCGCAUAGAAGUAACGUUAGUGUAAAGUUGUUAGCUAACGCGUUAGCUAUUCUCCUGUUCAGACUAUUACAUUCCUUGAAGCCAUUGCCAUCCAUGGUUUAACACCCUAAAUCAGUUUGACGUAGUAGUGUCCAAAACAGGAACAUAAUCGAGAUACAUGUUAACUAACUAGAGAAAUAGCUAACUAGUUAGUAACUUUUCUAAACAUGUAGGCUGUUAUUGAACUUAUUGUUACUGUAACUUACUGUUAACUACAUAGUAGUUAUUGCACACAAAAAAUAGGAACUACCUCAUUUUUGGCGCUUCAGUUGUAGGCCUAUAGGGAGUGUAUAAUGAUUGUGUACGAUAAUGCCGAGAAUUGAAGAUGCAUGAAUGUAUUGUGUUCAGUUCUCCCGGAGACCGGAAACAUGCUGUGCUGCUCUCCUCUACUUUUUUGUUAGUGACAGUGAAGCUUUGGUAGUCCAUAUUGAUAAUGUCAUUUACAUUACAUUUACAUUUUAGUCAUUAUGUGUUGUGUUUUAGAAACCGUAUGUGAUUUAUUUUUUACGAGUGUAGUACUAGUAAAGUAUGCCGAACUGUAAAUUACUGUUUGAUGCUGCUCAUAUUUAGUCUUUAAAGCGGCAAUCAGCAGUUGAAACAAUAGUAACCACUCUCAAAUUCAUAGACAAAGCUAUGGAUGCAAGGACUGACCAUCCAUAAUAUCUAAAUUAUUGUUUCAACCAUGUUUUGAAGAUAUAUAGCUUGUUUAUGGCCUCCCGAGUGGCACACUGGUCUAAGGCACUGCAUUGCAGUGCUAGCUGUGCCACUAGAGAUCCUGGUUCGAAUCCAGGCUCUGUAGUAGCCGGCCGCGACCGGGAGACCCAUGGGGCGGCGCACAAUUGGCCCAGCGUCGUCCAGGGUAGGGGAGGGAAUGGCUGGCAGGGAUGUAGCUCAGUUGGUAGAGCAUGGUGUUUGUAACGCCAGGGUUGUGGGUUCGAUUCCCACGGGGGGUAUGAAAAUAAAAAAUAAUAAUAAUGUAUGCACUCACUACCUGUAAGUCGCUCUGGAUAAGAGCGUCUGCUAAAUGACAAAAAAGUAAAAAGUUUACAUUUACAAACAUUGGAGCUUAUAUUUUGGGUUGUAAUGGGGUAUGACAGUUGAACUAAGCCCAUGGGGCAUUUUAUAGGUUAUAUUAUUCAAGAAUCAAUGGGUAGGCAUACAUAUCAUGAAUUUAUGUCCCAAAAUGGAUGUAGCUUUUUAAGGUCAUUUGUGAGUGAAAAAUUAUUUGAUUGUGUUGCGAGAGAGGGGAUUGUGAGCGUGAAGAAAGUACUGCUUGUGAAAGCCUGGGGGGGGUGAACGAUUACACCUCAUAAUAUUGAAACAUGAUGAUGAUGGUGGUUGUGAAGGAUCCAAUGGAUGGAUUGGUUCAUUGUGCUUAAUAUUCGUCCACAUUACUGUACCUCGGUCAAUGCUUUUAUGCUUUUUAUUAAUUCACAGGACUACACAUGCACUGUAUUCAAGCAUCACUCAAAUUCAAUGAUUGAAUAUUAAGUCAGGCGGCAGGCCCUGUGUUUGCAGUGCCAGGUGUGAACAGCAGUCCCUCCCUGACAUUCAUUGCUGUGUUAUAGCCUAAUUAGGCUUAUUCUGUGUGCGUUGUUGUAAGACAAAUGCUGAUAGAACCUGAAUCAACAGUGAUGUGCUUUUAUUACUCUGAGCGAUUAUUCAUAGGCUACACUGAAGGGCCAAGCCACAGCCGAGAUGUGCUAAAGGUGUAUUGCCAUGCAACUUGGUGAAGUGGUCCUUUUGCAUGCCUUUAUGGACCUAGUUUAGGAACAAGUGAUUGUUCUCUCACUCUAAUGCGUAGCCUGCUAAUUACACCUGUUGGUUUAUACCUAUUGCCUGAGGAAGAAGACAAUGUUGGGUUGGUAUGCCUGGUCUUACUUGUUACUACAGCAGGGAAUCAAAUCUGUUCACCCAGGCUUAGAUGAGUACCAGGAAGUUGUUGUGAUUGCCUUGGAGCAUCCUCUGUAGCUCAGUUGGUAGAGCAUGGCGCUUGUAACGCCAGGGUAGUGGGUUCGAUCCCCGGGACCACCCAUAUGUAAAAAUGUAUGCACACAUGACUGUAAGUCGCUUUGGAUAAAAGCGUCUGCUAAAUGGCUUAUUAUUAUUAUUGGAGGCGGAGCUCUGAGUUUUUCAGUAAACAUUUACAUUUUUACAUUUUAGUCAUUUAGCAGACACUCUUAUCCAGAGCGACAUACUUAGUGAGUGCAUACAUUUUUCAAACAUGACUGUUUGCUGUUGCUCCUGCCUUUCAGCACCAUAAGCUGAUGUAGGCAAUGCUUAAAAAUGGUAUGAUGUAGGCCUAAAAUAUCUACUCUUAAAGGGCGAGUUUGUUUUGCAUGGACCGGUGCCCUGGGUUGGUGGAGAUUUCACUUAAGCCCCGUUUCCAUUGGCACGUUGAAGUCAACCCAGGUUGGGCUGGCCUUGGUGGGCUAGCUCAAAUUGCGUUUCCGCUGCCUCCAGAUAAUUAGAAAUUAUGUCAUGUUGCUAGGUAGCCAAUAUGUGACUGCAGCAAGCCUCACCAUACUGUAACUAACAUUACCUCAUACUCCUGCCAGUGCCAGCCAGACUCAGAGCCAUGUAUUUAGCUUGCUGACGUUAGCUAGCUAGCUAAAUGGUUAGCGUCGUCGCUAGCAUAACCUGUUAGCUAGCUUAAUUCCUACCUUGCUUGCAAUGACAUUGGCUAUUAGCGAUCUAGCUAACCAAGCAAACCAGACGACAGGUUUGAUAUGAUGUAGCUAGCUAGCUUUAAAUACGACCUGGCAAGCUAAAAUUAAUGCUGCUAGCUCACGUUAGCUAGCUAGCUAGCUAGCUUGUUUUAACUCUGAUUUGCUAGCUAAUGUUAGGUAGCUAGCUAGCAUUCGAGGGCUGCCUGUUCUCAUAAAAGUUUGUGUCAGCAUCCAGCAGUGAUCAGCUUGGUGGUUGCAUAGUAACGGGGUCACCAGCCCAAAUUCUAAUCAGUUGUGAAAUUGGGAAGCGCUCGAGUUUGGCCCUCAUUUUAAGUGGCAGUUGAAAUUGGGCUUUAGUGUCUGCUAGGACUGGGUGAUGUUGCCUACAAAUCCUACCUAGAUUUUUUUUUUCAAAUUUAUGGGCGAUUCACGAUAUGUCUAAAAAGUGUUUUAAAAAGUUUUCUCUAAAUAAGCGUUGUAUAAUUAAAGGUCAAAUACACUGCAUUUCAAAAAGUCAGCAAUAAUCUAAUUCAGGGCUUGUGAAGUUAUACCAAGGAUAAAUAUAAGCCUUCCACAACCAAAAUACCCACUAAUAAUUGUAUUAUUUUAUCAAAAUAGUUUACCCUGCUUUUUUUUGCAGUAAUCACUGAUCUGGAAAAUGCAAUUUUCUGUUACAAAUGUAACUAGAACCAUGCAUAAUGCACAUUCACUAAUAAUGACUAACUUCUUGUAGCAGGCAUAAGGCUAUAGAAAAUUCAUCAACAAUCUCAAGCCCACGUGCUAGUGAUUAGCCAGCUAAUCUUUUAUAUUUCACGUUUAGCCAACUUGGAUCUAUUUGCUAGCUAACAAGGUUGAACAGUUUAAUUGUUAUGAACACACGCUUCUGUCUGUUACCUUAUUUCUCAGAAUGAAAACGGGUUUCCAACUCCUUAUAUAAUUGUGUUGUAUGCUUAUUGCACAUUUAUAAAACACAGACUAGACAGCUAGUAUAACAGUCUUUGGCUACAAACUGAGCAUUCAUUUUCCAGAAUCAAUGUUCAUUGAUACUCUUGUUUUAGUAGUGUCUGCUCUGCACGCAAUUUGAGUAGUUGAGACAUAAAAAGGGUAUCGUUAGAAAAGUUAACUCCUCUAUUACAGUCAAAUAAUGUCUCAAUGUGUUGGACCAAACCUCAAAUACAAAUAGAGAGUUGAAACCGCUUGUCAGAGUGGAAGAUGUGAUCUCAACUUUGUUGGCGUGAGAGGCAGGGGCAGGGGCUUGCUGAGUGUGUAAACCAUAGAGGUUUACACACACUAAAAUAUGUCCAAAAUAAACCCAAUGCGUUUCUAUGGGCUUAUUUUGGAUGUAAGCUUGUCGCUUGGCUUUCCGACAUUGGGUCAAUGACUGUUUCUCAUUGUUAGGGCGGAGAGGUGCAUCUCGUCAUUAUAUACAGAUAUCUGGUGUAAAUGGGAAGGUGCACACAGCACAGAGGAGCGAAGGAGACGAGACCAAAAAUGCAACAGGAGAACAAGUGGAAAUAAACGCUCAUAAAAACGAAAAAUAACAAAACAUAGAUUCUUGCGAUACAUGCAUUUGGAAUAUCGAGAAAAAACAUAAAUUCGAAUUCAUUUGAUACAUUGCCCAGCCCUAGUGUCUGCCUUUUAUGGUGUGACAGAAUAACCGUGUUGAUGAUGUAGGCUAAUAGGGGUUAACUGCCUACCUCUUUAGCCUAUAUGCCAUCAGAACACCCGUGUUGAUGAUCUUAUAGUGGCUUAGUGCCUUGCCUGGCUUUAUGUGACAUCAGAAUAAUAAUAAUAAUAAUAUGCCAUUUAGCAGACGCUUUUAUCCAAAGCGACUUACAGUCAUGCGUGCAUACAUUUUUGUGUAUGGGUGGUCCCGGGGAUCGAACCCACUACCUUGGCGUUACAAGCGCCGUGCUCUACCAGUUGAGCUACAGAGGACCACGAAUAACAGUGUUGAUGAUGUCAUAGUGGCUAAUAGGGCUGGGAAUUGCCAGGGACCUCACGAUACAAUAUUAUCAUGAUACUUAGGUGCAACUCAAUGUUUUGUACACUCAAUGUAUGUCUGCUGCAGAGAGACGAGAGAGAGCAUUGUUUGAUGCCACAACCCAUUCGAGAUGCACCGUUUCAGUUUCAAUGACUCAAUAUUUAGAACGAAAACGGAUGACUAACUAAGGCUGGGAAUGGCUGGCAAAAAAAACAAAAACAUUUUAAGUCGAAAUGUUACAACAUAGCUACGUUUUUGUUAUUUGGAGUUAUUAAAUACUUUUUGAUUAGGGUCGCAGCAUAUUAUGCAUAGCAGCAAAGGCUGGAUAAAUAUUAUUUAUCUCUUUUGUUUUAAUAUGUUAAAAUGCUAUAUACAGCAUCCUAAAUGGACAUUAUAAAGUGCAAUAUUUUUUAAUAAUAAAACAACAGCCAGUUUGGGUCAUAGUUGCAUGUUUUUUUUUGUAAAACAAAUAGGCUCUGUCUGGCCCGCGAAUUCGUUUUUUCAAUAUGGUCCGUGCGCUGAUUUGAGUUUGACACCCCUGGGCUAGCGUAUCUAUUUAUGUGGCUAUUUAUUUAGCAAGCUAAAAACACUGAGCCUAACGUUAGCUAGCUAGCUGCUGGGAGAAUGUCAUGCGAUUUGGAAGAGUGGGUGAGUGACCAACUUUUCCCCCUCAUAUCAUUUUUCGUUGGCUACAGCAAGAGAUGCUGCAGGUGUCGUUUGGUUAACUGGCAAGACAUGUAAAUUGCUUCGCUAGCUAACCAGCUCGCUAUGCUGAAAGUGAACAACUGUUAUCCACAGUUAGCAUGUCUCUUAGUUGUCAAUUAAAUGUAUUUGGCAUCGAUCAAGUGGGCGGGCAGGCAAGUUCCCAUUGUUGUCAAAACUUGGGUUGGGCCAAGCAUGCAUUGGUGGGCAAGCUGCAGAAGGACUAGCAGGCUACUAUCCCCCAUUUAUCAGUGCAAUUUUGACAACCAACUAGUUGAACAUUUUUGAGAGGGUUUAUCUAAUGUUCCGUCGUUAUAUUUGAGCUCAUCUUGCUCUGGCUAGCAUUAGUUGUUGAUCUUGUUGUUAAUGUGCAUAGGCAACUGAUGGCGAGAUAGCCUACCUUUUCAUGGUGGUUUGUUCAAUAAAUAGGAUUUUGAAGUUCCCAAAUGUAAGACUCCCGUGGUAUUUACAUAUUUGCAGAAAUCCAGUCAGGUGUAUUUUGUGGCUUUUGGCGAAUGCGUUCUAAUGAUCUAAAGUCGCGCUGUUGCUACAGCCUGUUAACACACAGUCCAGUUCAAAGUGAAUGAUGGCUGGCCCAUGUGGCAAAUGGCUCAUUUGCGUAUAGGCCUACUGUAGCUCUGAUUGGCUAUGGCGCACCGGUUUGGGUAGACUGCGAUUCUGAACGGGACAGAUGUUUUUGUUCGGUUUUAUUUACUUCUGUGUCUAUUAAUUGUCCAAACGCACGGCUGCUUUCCCACUCUAUAUUGCUAUAGAAUUUUCACAAAAGCCUUACUAUACAUAAUUACCAAACAUUCUAUUAAUUUAUGAAAACUUGAAAAUCACUAUCUAAUUGCUCGCUUGUCAGAAGAUGUAAGAAAGGUGUCAUAUUCUUCCUGGGGGUUUAUAUGAACAGAUUUCAUGUUGCUAAAAUGCUGUCAGUUCCACUUUAACAUGAUCUUUGAAUGACUACCUCAUCUCUGUACCUCACACAAGGUCCCUCAGUCGAGCAGUGAAUUUCAAACACAGAUUCAACCGCAAAGAUCAGGGAGGUUUUCCAAUGCCUUGCAAAGAAGGGCACCUAUUGGUAGAUGGGUCAAAAUAAAAAAGUAGACACUGAAUAUCCUUUUGAGCAUGGUGACAUUAUUAAUUAAACUUUAGAUGGUGUAUCAAUACACCCAGUCACUACAAAGAUACAGGCGUCCUUCCUAACUCAGUUGCCGGAGAGGAAGGAAACCACUUAGGAAUUUCACCAUGAGGCCAAUGGUGACUUUAAAACAGUUACAGAGUUUAAUGGUUGUGAUAUCAGAACUUAGGAUGGAUCAACAACAUUGUAGGUACUCCACAAUGCUAACCUAAUUGACAGAGUGAAAAGAAGGAAGCCUGUACAGAAUAAAAAUAUUCCAAAACAUGCUUCCUGUUUGCAACAAGGCACUAAAGUAAUAAUGCAAAGAAUGUGGCAAACCAAUUAACUUUUUGUCCUGAAUACAAAGUGUUAUGUUUGGGGCAAAUCCAAAACAACACAUUACUGAGUGCCACUCUCCAUAUUUUCAAGCAUAGUGGUGGCUGCAUCAUGUUAUGGGUAUGCUUGAAAAUAAUAAUGGGCAAAUGUUGCACAACCCAGGUGUGGAAAGCUCUUAGACUUAACCAGAAAGACUCACAGCUGUAAUCACUGCCAAAGGUGCUUCUACGAAUGUUGAUCAUUAUGGAGUAUUGUGUGUAGAUGGGUGAGAAAACAAAUACAUUUAACCCAUUUUGAAUUAGGGCUGUAACCUCAAAUUUUGGAAUAAGUCAAGGGGCAUAAAUACUUUCUGAAGGCACUGUAGCUUUUAUUUAGGUUAUUGUUAGUUCUCAGAUUAUAUUGUUAAAAAAUAUAUCGGUCCAUUAUCUUUUUCUACAUACUUUAUAUUUGUUUUCAGUCGUUUUUAAGUUUACACUGAAAGUGUUUUUCCAGAGAAAAAAGGGUUUAUAUGGCAGAAAACCCCCUGACAUCUAUACAGAAAAACUAUCAUAAACAAUCGCAGCUAGUUUAACACUGCCAUGAUGAGCUGAGCCUUGCUAUUGGAAAACCACUACAGUGUCCAACUUUCGUCUGUCGCAGAUGCACGUCCCUCGACUUCGCUCGCCAACUUUCAUCUACAAUCGGCUUCGUUAGGCUUAACUAUACACACCCGCUGACUGGUUUCUUCAUAAGACCUAGCCUAGUUGAGGCUCCUGAGGAUAGAGCUGUGAAAUGAUGACCUACUCGCUGACCUACCAGCUGCUUGCAUUCACUUUUUAACAAAAUAAACACACAAAUCAAAUGUUUUAACCAAAUGCAAUGGGAUAUCAGGCGUAUUUGUUAAACCGCUUUCGGAGUCUGAUUUAAUAAUAGCGUGGCUAAUUGUCAUGUUAGCUUAUUGAAUGCUGGUUUGUUCCGAACGCAGGUGAAGUCUUUCAAAACUCAGAUUUUUGGAUGGUUUGCAGAUCUUCGAAUGCUAAUGUGACCCUUGAAUAAAUGUGUUCUUGUGUAAAAAAUGUGGCAUUGGAAUCAUAUACAGUUUGGUUUGGAUUUGUCUGGUAUUUGCACUGCUUUGUCUUGGUAUUAUAUACAACCAUAACAGUAUCGGUGACAAUGAUGCAGUCAUCACCUGCUAAAGGUAUUGAGAAGAUGGGAUUAGUUUGACGAGAGGAAAGUGAGGAAAAUAAGCAUUAUGUUUUGUCUUAUUUUGUUGUUUUUAAUUAUUCAGGUCUGUUUUUAGGCUUUUCUAAUUUUAAUGUUUUUGAGUGGCUCCAAUGGCCCUUUGAGGUGUCUGCCUAGGCCCAGAGCCUACUUGGCCUUGGGCAAAGCUUUGUGUCACAGCCUUUGAAAGUGGAACCCCAGACUAUCGCCCUAGGCCAGGGUAUCUUGGGCCAGGGUAUCUUGGACCCGGUGCAAGGCAAGGCUUCAGGCCUGUAUCUGUGUUAAACCUCCCAAAACAUGGCGUCAAUCCAUGCAGGACAGGAUGAAGAGUAGCCUAGUUUGUACGAAACACAAGGAAGUUACCCUUAGGUUACGAGAAGGCAAUGUGUCCAGCAAUGUACAGGUAACUGACAAAAUUAAGGAAAGACUUGAGUAUAUGAGGGAUAUAAAGUAUAUUGAAAGCAGGUGUGGUGUAUUGUCCUGGCAACAUUUAGGUCCACUCAACCCCUUAGAGGGCAAGGUAAACGCCAAUAAAUACGCAGCCAUUCUGAGUGAUCACCUUCAACCUAUGGUGAAGCAUUUCUACCCUGAUGGAGUGAUCCCCGGGACCACCCAUACACAAAAAAAAUUAAUUUAUGCACGCAUGACUGUAAGUCGCUUUGGAUAAAAGCGUCUGCUAAAUGGCAUUAUUAUUAUUAUUAUUAUUAUUAUUAUUAUUAUUAUUAUUAUUAUUAUUAUUAUCUCUUCUAGGAUGAUAAUGCCCACAUCCACAGGACACGAGGUGUCACUGAAUGGUUUGAUGAGCGUGAAAACGAUUUAAACCAUAUGCCAUGGCUGUCUCAGUCAGCAGAUCUCAACCCAAUUGAACACUUAUGGGAGAUUCAGGAGUGGUGCCUGAGACUGCAUUUUCCACCACCAUCAACAAAACACAAAAUUAUGGAAUUUCUCAUGGAAGAAGGGUGUUGCAUCCCUCCAAUAGAGUUCCAGACACUUGUAGAAAAUAUGACGAGGCGCAUUGAAGCUGUUCUGGCGGCUCGUGGUGGCCCAAUGCAUAUUAAGACACUUUAUGUUGGUGUUUCUUUUAUUUUGGCACUUACCUGUAUAAGCCUAAUGCUGUAGUAGUGGCAGUGUCGGGUACUGCAAGGCUAGACAAAUAUGAAGUUGUUUGGUAUUUAUUUUGUGUGUAACACUUGUCAUGCUCACUAUGUGUACAGUCCCACCACUGUGGUUUAAAAUUCAACAAUUUUCUCUCUUUCCCUCCCUCUUUUUCCCUGCUCUUUUCUCCUGGCAGCUGAGGCUUCUCACCGGCUCAAUUUGUUCUACCUCGCCAAUGAUGUAAUUCAGAACUGUAAGAGGAGAAAUGCCAUCGUCUACCGUACUGCCUUCGCCGACGUGCUCCCUGAGGCCUUCCAGCUGGUCAAGUGAGUAAAACCACACACAGUUUUAGUUGAAGUGGCCCCUAGAUGCUGAUCAUGGGUCGGUUUUGCAUUUUCCCCACUAAUGGUUAAGGUUAGAAUUGGGGGAGAGGGAGCAGAUCAUAGAUCUGUACCAGUGUUUCCUCUGGAAACACAGUGAAUAUAAUGUAGGCCUACCUGUUAGGGUAACUUGGUGUCUGUACUUAUCACAGAACCCACUUAAUGUUGUCACUACUCUUUCUCAACUAAAAAUGUAAUCUGUCUCAUCACAAUUUUAGUUCUCCCCCAAAAAUGAUUUUGAGGUAGGGUGGGGUUUUACCCCAAGUUACUCUACAACUGACGUGUUACAUUUAGCCCCACUCUCCCCUAUGCACUCACAGCCAAUUGCAGAGCUCCAGGUUUAAAAUGGUGCAGUUCGAGGAUAUUUAGGAGUUGAGAAAUAAAGUAGGAAUGGAAAGCUGUUUUCCCUGCGACAGCAAUAAUUGUUGUGCAUUGAAUGUUUGUCAGAAUGCCUGUUUCCCUCCCUAUGGCAGUUGUAACUUGAAUGCGUUUGGAAUAAUUUGUCUCGCAUAGAACACACAACAACAAGCCAACUAGGUAAAUAGAUAAAUCAGACUACCCCAUAGUAGAAUAGUUUUUCUAUUCAUUACUUGUUUUGUUUGCGGAGGAAAAGUAAAUAUGGUCUGUUCUAGUAUCUUCAAAGUGCACCUCGGCAGAAAUAUAAUUUCAUGUUCCAUAUUUGUUGGGCGCAGCGCCACAUUUUAAAUGACUGCAGAGGAAACACUGAUCCUGUACCUAUGGGAAACAUCAGCCCGGCGCAAACCACGCGGUCAGGGGCAGAGCUAACGUCUACAAUGUUUUUGUUUAUCCACAAUACAGUCGAUGUCUGUGUCCCAAAUGGCAUCCUAUUCCCUUAAUAGUACACUACUUUUACCCAGGGCCCAUAGAGCUCUGGUCAAAAGUAGUGCACUAUACACACUGUUUAUUAGGGACACCACCCCGUUCACGAAAAUGAAUAGCUCCUACAGAAACCGUGAGUCACGUGGCCGUGGCUUUCUAUAUAAAGCAGGCAGACAAGCAUUGAGGCAUUCAUUUACUGUUCGAUUGAACGUUAGAACGUUACAAUGGGCAAAACGAGUGAUCUAAGUGACUUUGAGCGUGGUAUGAUUGUCGGUGCCAGGCGCGCAGGAUACAGUAUCUCAAACGGCCGCCCUCCUGGGCUUUUCGCGCACGACAGUGUCUUGGGUUUACCGAGAAUGGUGUGACAAACAAAAAAACAUCCAGUCAGCGGCAGUUCUGUGGGCAAAAACAUUGUUGAUGUGAGAAGUCGAAGGAGAAUAGCAAGAAUCGUGCACGCUAACAGGCGGGCCACAAACAGACAAAUAACAGUGCAGUACAACAGAACGGCAUCACGGAACGCACAACUCGUCGAUCCUUGUCACAGAUGAGCUAUUGCAGCAGACGACCACACCGGGUUCCACUUCUAUCAGCUAAAAACAAGAAGAAGCGGCUCCCGUGGGCACGCGAUCACCAACACUGGACAAUUGAGGAGUGGAAAAACAUUGCCUGGUCCGGCGAAUCCCAGUUGCUGUUGUGUCAUGCAGAUGGCAGAGUCAGGAUUUGGCAUAAGCAGCAUGAGUCCAUGGACCCAUCCAGCCUGGUGUCAUUGGUACAGGCUGGUGGCAGUGGUGUACUGUGGUGGGGAAUGUUUUCCUGGCACACGUUAGGUCUCUUGAUACCAAUUGAGCAACGAUUGAACGCCACAGCGUAUCUCAACAUUGUCGCUGACCAAACCCAAUAGAGCAUCUUUGGGAUGAGAUGGAACAGGCUGUUUGCAGCAUGAGUGUACCACCGUUCAAUCUGCCGCAACAGUAUGAUGCUAUCUUUUCCGACACUUGUAGAAUCCAUUCCCCGGAGAAUUCGGGCUGUUCUGGAGGCAAAGGGUGGUCCGACCCGGUACUAGAUGGGUGUACCUACUACCUAAUAAACUGACCACUGAGUAAAUAGGAAAAAAGGUACCAUUUGGGAUGCAACCACUGUGUUGCUCGUUGUUGAAAUAAGGGGAGUUUGAUCUUCUGGUCAGGGCUACUCUGUCACUUUACACAUCAGUGCAAUGUCAGUGAUGAACAUUUCUGUCUCCUUCUGUCCUGCAGUAAUGUUGGAGACUCUAAGGUGAUGAAGUCAGUGGACAGGAUAUUAACCAUCUGGGAGGAGAGGAGUGUAUACACAGAUGAGCUUCUAGCUGAGCUGAGGGCCAGUCUGGUCAAAGAGGAGUCACCUGCUGCUGUAGAGACACCUAAAGGUGAGUGAAUCUGUGCCAACCAUGUACCACCACCAGUAGAGUUCACUGUGAUAUACUGCAUGUUUUAAAUAUCAUGGGAAGUAUCGUUUUCGAAAUUGCACAAAUGUCAACAUUAAUUAGGCAUCAUGUUUGUUGUACUUCACUUUUAAUUGUAUGGCAUUUGAGCUGUGCAGUUCAAUGCCUGUGUGUUGUGUUAAGAAAUGACUAAGUUAUGUAAUUUCAGCUCCAGUCAACCCUAAGGCUGCUCUUCAAUCUAAGAUUGUAGCCGAAUUUGUCGUAAGUGUCCACGACCCACUGUUUAGGAUAGAUGAUAUUUUCUGCUCUGAGUUUCUUAUUUUAUUUCUUAUUUUUAAAUCUCAAUUGUGUAUUCAGAACAUUUCAACUGCAUAUCCUCUUGAUAAAUGACCAAAACAUACCAAAUUAACUAACUACUGUACAAUGAGAUCUGUAAAUACUUAAAGUGAAUGCUUGUACUACAAAGCUAGCAUGUUGAGUUGAACUUGACCCUAACUAUUGCCAUGUCCUGUGGUGUGACUCUCUGACUGUGUCCUGUCAUGCAGCCCCAGGCGUUCAUCGAUCACCUCUCUAAGCACCACAGCUCUGUGGAGGAGGUGGAGCUGAAGGAGAAACAGCUGGCAGCCAUGAGGGUGGACGUCUGCAGCACCGAGGCCCUCAAGAGAUUGAAAGGUAACAAGAUACGUUUUUAAGUUUUUGUCUAACACACAAGCUCCUGCAAAGUUGUCCAUGAGCAUUGACCCUGUCAGUGUCCCAAAUUGCACCCUAUUCCCUAUAUAGUGCACACAUCCUCCUGCAAUGUUGUCAAUGAGCAUUGGCCCAGUAACUGGAAAAGCCAUGAGGCAUCUCUUACGGCUCUGAAAGAAAAAAAACCUUGAGCCCUGUCUGGCCCCUCUAGUCUAGGAGGAGAUAACAGUUGUUUUUAGACUGACCAAGGUUGUGUGUUUGUCUUCUCUCUUAUUUCUUUCUCCAAAUCAACUACCCCUUCAGAUAAGGCAGGAGGAAAGAGGCACUCCAAGGACUUUGAGGAUGGCAGUGCGAAGCUAAAGGAGUUUGUUGCCUUCCUUGACCGGCAGAUCAAAGGAGGGCCCCCUCUGUUGGAUGCUCUUGGCAACGCAGACAUUUUCUACGAGAUGCAGUAUAAGGAGGUCAAGAUAGUCGCCAAUGUGAGUAGCUGAAUCAAAUCAGAUUGAUUUAUAAAGCCCUUUUUACAUCAGCAGAAGUCUCAUAGUGCUUAUACAGAAACCCAGCCUAAAACACCAAACAGCAAGCAAUGCAGAUGUAGAAGCACAGUGGCUAGGAAAAACUCCCUAGAAAGGUAGGAACCUAGAGAAGAUCCUGGCUCUGAGGGGUGGCCAGUCCUCUUCUGGCUGUGCCAGGUGGAGAUUAUAAGAGUACAUGGCCAUUUCGUGCAAAUCCUUCUUCAAGAUUUUCAGAUGUUCAUAGAUGACCAGCAGGGUCAAAUAAUAAUCACAGUGGUUGUAGAGGGUGCAACAGGUCAGCACCUCAGGAGUAAAUGUCUGUUGGCUUUUCAUAGCCGAAACGUUGAGAGAGGGAGGGAGAGGUCGAGAGAGGGGGGGAGAGAGAGAGCUUAAGUUCACACAGGACACCAGAUAAGACAGGAGAAUUUCACCAGAUAGGACAGACUGACCCAAGCCCCCCGGUACAGAGACUAUUGCAGCAUAGACACUGGAGGCUGAGACGGGGGGGUGGGGACGGGGGGGGGGGGACACACACACACUGUGGCCCUGUCCGACAAUACCCCCGGACAGGGCCAACCAGGCAGGGUAUAACCCCACCCACUUUGCCCCACAACACUAGAGGGAUAUCACCAGACCACCAACUUAUUACCUUGAGACAAGGCUGAGUAUAGUCCACGAAGAUCUCAUCCACCGCAUGAGCCCGAGGGGGCACAAAACAGGACAGGAAGAUCGUCAGUGACUCAACCCACUCAAGUAAAGUAUAGCAAAAAAAAGCCUGGCACGACGUGACGCAUCCCUCCUAGGGACGACAUGGAAGAGCACGAGUAAGCUAGUGACUCAGUCCCCAUAAUAGGGUCAGAGGCAGAGAAUCCCAGUGAAGAGAGGGGAGCCGGCCAGGCAGAGACAGCAAGGGUGGUUCAUCACUCCAGUGCCUUGCCGUUCACCUUCGCACCCCUGGGCCAGACUACACUCAAUCAUAGGACAUACUGAAGAGAUGAGUCUUCUGUAAAGACUUAAAGGUCGAGACGGAGUCUGUCUGUCUCUCUCACAUGGAUAGGCAGACCGUUCCAUAAAAAGCUGUUUGCUUAGAAAUUCUAGGGACAAUAAGGAGGCCUGUGUCUUGUGACCGUAGCAUUAGUGUAGGUAUUUACUGCAGGACCAAAUCGGAGAGAUGGGUAGCAGCAAGUCCAUGUAAAGCUUUGUAGGUUAGCAGUAAAACCUUGAAAUUAGCCCAAGCCUUCACAGGAAGCCAGUGUAGAGAGGCUAGCACUGGAGUAAUAUGAUCAAAUACUUUGGUUCUAAUCAAGAUUCUAGCAGCCGUAUUUAGCACUAACUGAAGUUUAUUUAGUGCUUUAUCUGGGUAGCCGGAGAGUAGAGCAUUGCAGUAGUCUAAUCUAGAAGUGACAAAAGCAUGGAUUAGCUUUUCUGCAUCAUUUUUGGACAACAAGUUCCUGAUUUUUGCAGUAUUACAAAGAUGGGGAAAAAAGCUGCCCGUAUUCUUGAUAUGUUCGUCAAAAGAGAGAUCAUGGUCCAGAGUAACGUCGAGGUCCUUCACAGUUUUAUUUGAGACUACUGUCCAACCAUCAAGAUUAAUUGUCAGAUCUCUUUGUUUCUUGGGACCUAGAACUAGCGUCUCUGUUUUGUCUGAGUUUGAAAGUAAAACAUUUGCCGCCAUCCACUUCCUUAUGUCUGAAACACAGGCUUCCAGGUAGGCAAUUUUGGGGCUUCACCAUGUUUCAUUGAAAUGUACUAGAUGGUGUCCUUAAUGCCUUUGCAUCUGUUGUUGUGAAAGGUUGAAAGCGGUUCUCUUUGGUUUUAGUGGGGGGCUUUGGUAGUAAGACUUGAGUUGCAUAUAUUUUUUGUGUUUGAUUAUUUAUUUAUUUUACUUCUCCUUAAGGCCUACAAGACGUUUGCCAACCGGGUGUCCCACCUCAAGCGUAAGCUGGACGGCCUCAAAGCCACCUUACCAGACCUGGAUGAGUCGCCCAUCCCCUCGCCCUCGAUGGACGCCCCCUCCCCGAAUGGCUCAGAGUCCCCGUUCCAUGGCCUGGCCGACCCAGACUCCGACCUGGAUGGCCUGGCCAUGGAUGAUGAGGCAGACAUCACUCUGGGGGAAGCACCCAGCCCCCUGUCCUCCCCUGGUGGCUCCCCCAAGCAGGGCUUCACUGUCGGGGAGUCAGACAACCGCGACGUGGAGGACAUGGAGCUCUCGGAUGAGGAGGCAGAGAGCGUCGGUAUCAUAGGUGAGGGGAGUGACAUGCGAUGCGGAGCAUAGAUGGGGUGCAGGGGGUUAAAGGACAGGAUCUAUACUGAACACAAAUAUAAACGCAACAUGCAACAAUUUGAAAGAUUUUACUGAGUUACAGUUCAUAGAAGGAAAUCAGUCAAUUAAAAUAAAUAAAUUAGGCCCUAAUCUUUUUUUGCGUAUGGAACAUUUCUGGCAUCUUUUAUUUCAGCUCAUGGAACAAAACUUUACUUGUUGGGUUUAUAUUUUUGUUCAGUAUAGUACUUUUAUGUGAGUCAUUUAUACCUGUAAGGCUCUAUUGAAUUGCAACUUAGCUGUUUCGAUUGAACAUUUCCUCUGUUUUCAGUUGAGGAGCGAGUUGAAAGUCCCAUCCCAUCUCCAGUCCCCAUUCCUAUGUCUGUUGUCACACAGCCGCCACUGGCCACAGAGGCAAAGCCUGUUCCACAGGCCACACCCUCCCCAGCUCUCGUGACCCCAUUGACCCCUACAACCAACCUAUCGGGCAACCUCGCCAAUGUGGACCUGGGUAAAAUUAGCUCUAUUCUCAGCAGCAUCACCUCUGUCAUGAAGAAACCAGGUGAGAAACUUCAGCUAUUGUAACAUCAUAAAGGCACUACAUGCAGGCAGCCACUGUUGCAUCAUCAACACUUUUAUUCUGAUGGCACAUCAUAAAGGCACCAUUACAUCAUCAGCACUGUUAUUCUGAUGUUGCAUCAUAAAGGAGGUAGUCCAGGGUUGGGGUCAAUUCAGAAUUUAAUUCAAAUCAACCCUUUGAUUUAAAAUUCCAGUAUGAAUAAGGCACCCCACUGGAAGCAGAAUUGUAAUUUAAUUUGAAUUAGAAGUAGAAUUGAAUUCAAAGAAAUUCAAAGAAAUUCAACUGAGACAUGAAACAUGAAACUCUCAUUCCUUUGACAAAUCUUUUACCAAAAGCAUCUCACUUAAUACUUAAGUACAGAUUCCAUUUCAAAUAUUAGCUUGAUUAUAACUCAUAGAUGUCAAACAGUAUUUUUGUCAUGAGAUAUUAGGUUGUUCUGGAGUGUUUGAUUUGAUCUAAUGCAUUCUUGGGACAUAAAAAAAAAAAAAAAAAAAGAUAUUUAAUAACAUCUAAGUGAAAUAUGAAUAAUUGAAGACAACCUACAAAAUGAUUUCAGAAUAUUUCUUGUUUUUGGAGAAUGAGAUAAAGCUGCAUUAUUUAACUUUUUGGGCGACCCCACCAAAUUCACAGAGAUGUUAGUUAUAGAUCUGUCAUUCUCAUUGAAAGCAAGUCUAAGAAGCGCUAGAUCUGUUCAAUCUGCGCUAUUUCUAUGCUUUCCGUUCUUAAGAUACAUUUUUGCGUAUUUUACUUUCGGAAAUGUACACCAGCUUCAAACAGCUAACAAAAUACAGUAUUUUUGGUUAUUUAAAAUAUAUUUCACAGUGGAUUAAAUGGUACAAUGAUUCUCUACAUUAUAUGUGCUUGUUUUGUCACAUAAACUGACAUUAGGUGAAUUAUUAGACUUUUUAGCAACCUGGGAAUGGCGGAAAGAUAUCUGCAUAUUGCACCUUUUUAAAAAUGAAAUGUUUCAACCAUAUGUUAUACAUAGUAUUGGUUACCAUACAUUAUGUAUAGUGAUUUAUGUACACAUAAAUAAUAGCCAUUUAAAUAGCCAUUACACCUUUGAAUUUCAUUGAAUUUAAUUCAAAUUGUUUUUUGUGGGGUGGUAAUUUCAAAUUUAAUACAAUAAUUGGAAUUAAAGGGCAAUUCAGAUCCCAACCCUGAGGCAGUUGGCCACAUCAACACUGUUAUUCUUAUGGCACUUGUAGCCUAGUAUUGUUCCUUUAGCUACUGUUACAUCCUCAAAACAUCCUGUUGAUUGUGACACAACCAUAACAUGCUUAUAGGUAGUUAUCAAUAAACCAUCACAAUAAGGUGCAGCGCGUUCGAUUUGCCUGCUGGGUGGCAAGGAGAUCCCCAGCUCCGCUAAAACCAUUGACAACUGCGUGUUAAAUAAAUGUUAACUAUUUGGUUAUAAUAUCAUCACCUCUUAAAGAGCAUAGUCAGAACUACAAAUGUCAGAUUAUUCCAUGCAAAACAAUUGCACACAUUUAGCUCUAUCAUCACAGUUCUACAGCAAGUAACUGCAUGCUUUUCAUGAUCAGUAAACAUCAAUUGAUCAUGAGGGUAGCCUCAUGAUAUCUCUCAAUAUUGGCCACCAUUAAUUGGAUAUUUGAGUGAUAUAAAAUAAGUGAACUAUAGCCUUCAGUCACGUCUUUGGCCACGUUCGGGUGGGUCAAACAAUGCAGUCUAAUUUAUAUUUGUUGUUUUAAAGUCCUCAGCUGCAUGGUUGUAGAAUCUCAGGGUCGUUACUUUAUUCUAAAACCUUUCACUGUUGUUUCACCGGUCCAGUUUGUUUUGGGGGGGGGGAUCCUGAGUCAAAGCGCCAAAAUAACAGAAGCCAUGCCAAUGAGGCGUAUUUGUUAUACGGUGCCUUCGGAAAGUAUUCAAACCCCUUGACUUUAUCCACAUUUUGUUACAUUACAGCCUUAUUCUAAAAUGGAUUAAAUAAAUACAAAUCCUCAGCAAUCUACACACAAUACCCCAUAAUGACAAAGUGAAAACAGGUUUUCAGAAAUUUUUGCAAAUGUACAUAAGUAUUCAGACCCUUUGCUAUGACACUCAAAAUUGACCUCAGGUGCAUUCUGUUUCCAUUGAUCAUCCUUGAGAUGUUUCUACAACUUGAUUGGAGUCCACCUGUGGUCAAUUCAAUUGAUUGGACAUGAUUUGGAAAGGCACACACCUGUCUAUAUAAGGUCCCACAGUUGACCGUGCAUGUCAGAGCAAAAACCAAGCCAUGAGGUUGAAGGAAUUGUCCGUAGAGCUCCGAGACAGGAUUGUGUCGAGGCACAGAUCUGGGGAAGGGUACCAAAAAAUGUCUGCAGCAUUGAAGGUCCCCAAGAACACAGUGGCCUCCAUCAUUCUUAAAUGAAAUAUGUUUGGAACCACCAAGACUCUUCCUAGAGCUGGCCAAACUGAGCAAUCGGGGGAGAAGGGCCUUGGUCAGGGAGGUGACCAAGAACCUGAUGGUCACUCUGACAGAGCUCCAGAGUUCCUCUGUGGAGAUGGGAGAACCUUGCAGAAGAACAACAAUCUCUGCAGCACACCACCAGUCAGGCAUUUAUGGUAGAGUGGCCAGACGGAAGCCACUCCUCAGUAAAAGGCACAUGACAGCCCGCUUGGAGUUUGCCAAAAGGCACCUAAAGACUCUGACCAUGAGAAACAAGAUUCUCUGGUCUGAUGAAACCAAGAUUGAACUCUUUGGCCUGAAUGCCAAGCGUCACGUCUGGAGGAAAUCUGACACCCUCCCUAUGGUGAAGCAUGGUGGUGGCAGCAUCAUGCUGUGGGAUGUUUUUCAGUGGAAGGGACUGGGAGACUAGCCAGGAUCGAGGCAAAGAUGAAUGGAGCAAAGUACAGCGAGAUCCUUGAUGAUAACCUGCUCGAGAGCGCUCAGGACCUCAGACUGGGGCAAAGGUUCACCUUCCAACAGGACAAUGACCCUAAGCACACAGCCAAGACAACGCAGGAGUGGCUUCGGGACAAGUCUUUGAAUGUCCUUGAGUGGCCCAGCCAGAGCCCGGACUUGAACACGAUCGAACAUCUCUGGGGAGACCUGAAAAUAGCUGUGCAGCAACGCUCCCCAUCCAACCUGACAGAGCUUGAGAGGAUCUGCAGAGAAGAAUGGCUGAAACUCCCCAAAUACAUGUGCCAAGCUUACAUUUACAUUUUAGUCAUUUAGCAGACGCUCUUAUCCAGAGCGACUUACAGUUAGUGAAUACAUAUAUAUAUAUAUAUAUAUAUAUUAUUUUUUUUAUACUGGCCCCCGGUGGGAAUCGAACCCACACCCCUGGCGUUGCAAACGCCAUGCUCUAUCAACUGAGCUACAUCCCUGCCGGCCAUUCCCUCCCGUACCCUGGACGACGCUGGGCCAAUUGUGCGCCGCCCAUGAGUCUCCCGGUCGCGGCCGGCUGCGACAGAGCCUGGAUUCGAACCAGGAUCUCUAGUGGCACAGUUAGCACUGCGAUGCAGUGCCUUAGACCACUGCACCACUCAGGAGACAGCUUGUAGCAUCAUACCCAAGAAGAAUCGAUGCUGUAAUCGCUGCCAAAGGUCCUUCAACAAAGUACUGAGUAAAGGGUCUGUUAAUGUAAAUGUGAUAUUUCUGUUUUUUAUUUUAUAAAUUAGCAAACAUUUCUAAAAACCUGUUUUUGCUUGGUCAUUAUGGGGUAUUGUGUGUAGAUUGAUGAGGGGGGGAAACAAUUUAAUACAUUUUUGAAUAAGGCUGUAAAGUAACAAAAUGUGGAAAAAGUCAAGGGGUCUGAAUACUUUCUGAAGGCACUGUAGUGGUGCGCGGGUCAGCUGUUUGUUGACCCACACCCGCGCACAAUUGCCCAACUAUAUGUGAAAAUCUGAGGCCAGCACCCAACCCUAAGGGGAAAAUAUAGAAAAUGGGCUAUAGGCUACAGUCAAAGACUGCAGAACGAUUUGUUUUGACAGGGUGCCGGAUUGUUUUGCCUGAUAUGUUAGAUAUGUUUCUGCUUAUAAUUUCUGAGAUUUUGGUAGGUUAUUUGUUAGUAAACUUGUCUAUAAUUAGAUACAUGUAGCUUCUCUUUUGUCAUUAUAUGUUGCCCUAGAAGACUAAAUUAACCAUUGCUCAACAGAAUGUAAUAGAUCGAUAGAAUGAAUGCUUCAAUCUAGUUGACAUCGGUAAGGUUUUCUGUAGUCUUUCCCGGAGCAAAGACGUUUUGGGACUGGGGAGAAAAUACAAUAAAGCAACAACAAAUUGAUAAGAUUUACUUUGCAAAAUCAGUUUGACCGGUUGUAAGGAAAAAGAAAGCUGUAAAAACGACCCAACUUGUUUCUGAUAAGAUUUCAGUUUGGCUUUGAUGCAUAUUUUAUGGGGUGGAAUACUAUCAGCUUUUAUGAUGAAGACUGCACCGCUACAGAUCGUAUUUAACUGAGGAUUGCAUUCUCUCAAGAUGCAGAAAGAAAUCAAAAUUCUCCACUCCUGUCCAAAUCUUGCCUACAUUUGGUGUAUAAUUUUACUGCAAGAAAUGCUUAAAUCUGCAUGAGUUAUUAUUAAGGCUAUAGCCCUAUUUGCACGGGACUAGUAUUACUAGAGAACGUUGGUUAUGUAUUUAUUACCCCAGAAUGUCCGUUAUUCUAGAGGACGAUUCGGACGGGAUACGUUCUUUCCAAACUGCCCCCAGUAAUUAUUUCUCUUUUUUAUUUCUCUUUUUCUUUAUUGACUGUUAUGACGGAAGCCUGGAGUUUUUUUUAUUCUAGGUGUGAAGAUGUUUCAAGUCCAGGCGAUAACAGGCUACACUGAUAACUCGUGCGUGGUUCCCGAGUUUCUAAAACAUAUCAAACCAUCUUUGGUAUAGUGUCGCCAUAAUAUUUGAAUUGAGGAGGUGUGAUCAUAAUCAUUAGGAUAUUUUAGUGAUCCGCUGUAGAAGACAUCCUAAAUGCCCCCCAGCCUUCAGAUGUGAGCUAAACAGCUAACUUGGACUUGAUAUGCGUUUUUAGGCUAUGGAUGAGAAAGUGAACUUUUUCCAAACGUUGAGCUCAGUUGUAUGCUGCUUUGCGAUCUAUUAACAGCAAGGGUUGCAUUAAAUAGGCGCAAUAUUUUUUUAGUGAUUCAUUUGGCGAUGUUAAAUUCAUUCAGCACAAAACGUAUAAACGAAAGCAUUCACCGUGAAAGUUGAUACAUGUAUACCCUUCAUAUAUUGGCUAUGCGCAGAACUUCGUUCAAUUGAACGAAUCAGUUACUGUUUUCUGGCUCAAACCGCAUGCAUCACCGGUAAAACGCAGACAUUUUUCUCAAAACACAGAGAUGUCGAUUUGCACGGGACUCGUAUUAUCAGAGGACUUUAGAGUUUGCCAAAAAGCAGUUGGUUAUUCUGGUUAGUCAAUGUCCAGAUUUUAGUUUCCAUUUAACCCAUCUAAAUAGUAGGCUACAGUUUCCUUGACAUGCAUAGGCCUAUUUGAAGUCCCGUCUUUUGGCGGUCAAAUUUGUAUAGCGCCUCACGAUCAUCACACAUAACAUAGUUAGUUUUACCACUUCACCAAAUCUUUUCCAAACAUUACUUUUCUGGUCCCCCCCCAUCCAUUUAUUUUCAACUCUGCUUUCGCAGCUUUUGUCUUAUUGAAUUAAACUUUGACAAUGUCAUUUCUGCCUCCAAGAAUUUAUGUUAACUUUUUCUGCCAGUUCCCAAAAGCAUUAUAAGGCGAUUGUCUGUGUAGGGAUAUAACCGCGGGACUGAGUCAACCCGUGCAUCACUAAUGUACGGUAUGAAUAUAAAUAUUAAGCCUUUGAAUGGAACCACAUCACAUGUUUUCCAACUAAGGUCCACCUAUGUUUUUUUUAUUGACAUUUGAUUGGUAAAAACAGUAGGAUAAAUACACAUGUAGGUAGAGUCAAUUCUCGUUUUUUUCUCCUUUAGUUUUAAGAGCUUUGUCACAAUGGACCAGACGGUCAUUUGCAUUAAAUUCAUUGAAAAUGGUAGUCUCAACUUUCUUUGCUUUCUGUAAUUUUAUGAUCUGCAUUUUGAUUGUAUGAUUUAAAGGUUUGAAGUUGCAAAACAAAAUUAACAAAAAAUAGAAUCACAUAAUGUAGUUAGCCUACCCGCCUUGUAUCUGCAAGCAGUUGGCUAUAGUGAACAUGCCAAGAGCCUGGUCAGUCUAUGUCAUGGGAAGAGCUUACACUCAGUGAAUGGUGAGCAAUAUGUUUGGACCAUGGAAUCGCAAAAAAAUCACAGCAUUCAAUCACAAUACAUAUAGAAUCGUGAGAAUCGCAAUGCAUAUCGCAUCGGCACAUAAGGAUGAUAAUAUUGUGAGUUCCCUGGCAAUUCCCAGCCCUAUUAGCCAAAAUGACAACUUGAACACUGUUAUUCUCAUAGAGAUCCUAUAGGUCGUUAUCAAUAAAAAGCCACAAGGUGCAGAGCGUUCGAUUUGCCUGCAAGGAGACCCCCAGCUCCGCUAAAACCAUUGACAACCUUGUGCCAUUUUCAAGGGAUUGUUAAAUACAUCACCUCUUGAAGAGCAUAGUCAGAACUAUACAUUUCUUAUUAUUCCAUGCAAAACAAUUGCGCACAUUUAGCUCUAUCAUCAGUUAUACAGCAAGUAAUUGCAUGCUUUUCAUGAUCAGUAAACAUCAAUUGAUCAUGUAAUUUCAGAUACGUGAGGGUUAGACCUAUUUACUAUUACAUUGUUAAAUAACAUUUGAAAUCACAGCACAGCUGAGCAUAAAUUGAAAUAAUUUUCAAAUAAUUCGCUUUUUUAUUUUACUGGACUGAUGGUACCUGUAUCUGAUGGUCAUGGUGCUUUCAAGACAACUGGGAGCUCGGGAAAACAAUGAGGUCUAAUCACAACAUCAGUGAUCUUCAGGUCGGAAAGUCGCAGCUCUAGAAAGUUGCCCGAGUUUCCCACUUGGAAUUCCGAAUUGGAUGCCCGUUCCAAAUUAUUUUUCCCAGUUGGAUCUCGUUUUCCCCCCUGAGUUCCCAGUUGCCUUGAAUGCACUGAAGUCGGAAGUCUGCGAUUUCUGAGUUCCAAGUACCCAGUUGUUUUGAGCACGGCAUUAGUCUCAGCAGAGGGAGUGAGAGAGCAGCAGAGGGUCCGCCUCUCACGGUCCCUGAUUUCUCCUUCCUUGCCUCCGGUGAGACUGACCAGAGAGAGGGGACACUGUCUUCCGCCUGAUAGCGAAACUCCUGGCGCACAGCAUCUGCACAAAUUCAUGUUGUUCAUAUGACCAGACAAAGUGAAAUAUUCCUCUAUUUAAAUAGACACGACGAGCUGCUAAUAAUAAUAAAAACACAGGGCUAUCGAUACACUUGGCUACUCAUUCAUUGCAGCUGCAGCGCAAGUGGAAGUAGGGAGAAGCGCGUUUUAUGUUUUGAGUAAAAAGUGUUGACAGUGCUGAAUAAACUUAGACAUGAACUCACUCAUAACAGCAGCUCUUUGCUGUAUUCUUUGACAGUCUCUCUCUGGUCAUGGUUUUAAUGAGUUAAAAUCUGUCUUUUCCUCUCCUAGGAGUGAGUCCAGGUGGUUCUUUGGCCUCCCCCUCCUCUCCAGCCAAGACCACCCUUCCUGCCCCAGUAGCCCCCCAGGUAGCCAUCCCUCUGGCCAGCAUCCUGUCCAAAGUGGACAUGACUUCUGAGGCGCUCCUCAGUGCACUCUCCAAAACCCAGGGACAGGCCGGCGGGCUACAGGGUGAGAAACCGUGUGGUAGAGCAAAUGUUAAAACUCAUCUAUUUCCCAUGUGUUUUUUCUUUUGCUCAUUAAGAAAAACAAGAUUUCAGUCUUGGUGGUGUGGUUCGAUGUGAGUGUGUUAUCGUACCCUGUCAGUUACUGAUGUUUGUCGCUCUUGAGACACUGUAGCAACAACAGCUAUUAGCCCACCACUUCUUCGAAAUAGUCAGAAGAAAGAAAUGUGUAAUUAAGUUGGACUUUUUUGCAGGGGAGGUUUUAGUCACACAAUUUUACAUCUAGCUAAGGUUUUUGGUGUUUUGCUAUUUCUGAAGUAAUUUUUUUUGAAUGAAAACUAGUAGAGUGUACAUCAGACUAUCGAGUCUGCUGCUACUGUCUAUUACCAGAGUAUUGGUCUGUCUGGCACUGUUUCAUAGUGAAUCAUGUUACAAAACAGGGUGUGGCGGGACACAAGAUGCUUGCGAAUGGGUUCAGAAUCUUCGAAUUUUGAAUAAUAAUGGCAGUUACAGUUUAAGUCGGAAGUUUACAUACACUUAGGUUGGAGUCAUUAAAACUUGUUUUUCAACCACUCCACAAAUUUCUCGUUAACAAACUAUAGUUUUGGCAAGUCGGUGAGGGCAUCUACUUUGUGCAUGACACAAGUAAUUUUUCCAACAAUUGUUUACAGACAGAUCAUUUCACUUAUAAUUCACUGUAUCACAAUUCCAGUGGGUCCGAAGUUUACAUACACUAAGUUGACUGUGCCUUUAAACAGCUUGGAAAAUUCCAGAAAAGGAUGUCAUGGCUUUAGAAGCUUCUGAUAGGCUAACUAACAUCAUUUGAGUCAAACUCAGUGCCUCUUUGCUUGACAUCAUGGGAAAAUUUUAAAUAAAUCAGCUAAAUAUUGUAGACCUCCACAAGUCUGGUUCAUCCUUGGGAGAAAUGUCCAAAUGCCUGAAGGUACCACGUUCAUCUGUACAAACAAUAGUAUGCAAGUAUAAACACCAUGGGACCACGCAGCCGUCAUACCACUCAGGAAGUUGACGCAUUCUUGCUCCUUGAGAUUUUUGAGAUGAACAUACUUUGGUGCGAAAAGUGCAAAUCAAUCCCAGAACAACAGCAAAGGACCUUGUGAAGGUACUGGAGGAAACAGGUACAAAAGUAUCUAUAUCCACAGUAAAAAGAGUCCUAUAUCGACAUAACCUGAAAGGCCGCUCAGCAAGGAAGAAGCCACUGCUCCAAAACCGCCAUAAAAAAGCCAGACUAUGGUUUGCAACUGCACAUGGGGACAAAUAUUGUAUUUUUUGGAGAAAUGUCCUCUGGUCUGAUGAAACAAAAAUAGAACUGUUUGGCCAUAAUGACCAUCGUUAUGUUUGGAGGAAAAAGGGGGACGCUUGCAAGCCGAAGAACACCAUCCCAACUGUGAAGCACGGGGGUGGCAGCAUCAUGCAGUGGGGGUGCUUUGCUGCAGGAGGGACUGGUGCACUUCACAAAAUAGAUGGCAUCAUGAGGAAGGAAAUAUGUGGAUAUAUUGAAGCAACAUCUCAAGACAUCAGUCAGGAAGUUAAAGCUUGGUCACAAAUGGGUCUUCCAAAUGGACAAUGACCCCAAGCAUACUUCCAAAGUUGUGGCAAAAUGGCUUAAGGACAACAAAGUCAAGGUAUUGGAGUGGCCAUCACAAAGCCCUGACCUCAAUCCUAUAGAAAAUGUGUGGGCAGAACUGAAAAAGCGUGUGCGAGCAAGGAGGCCUACAAACCUGACACUGAUACACCAGCUCUGUCAGGAGGAAUGGGCAAAAAUUCACCCAACUUAUUGUGGGAAGCUUGUGGAAGACUACCCAAAAUGUUUGACCCAAGUGAAACAAUUUAAAGGCAAUGCUACCAAAUACUAAUUGAGUGUAUGUAAACUUCUGACCCACUGGGAAUGUGAUGAAAGAAAUAAAAGCUUAAAUCAAUCAAUCUCUCUACAAUUAUUCUGACAUUUCACAUUCUUAAAAUAAAGUGGUGAUCUAGACAUUUUUACAAGGAUUAAAUGUCAGGAAUUGUGAAAAACUGAGUUUAAAUGUAGUUGGCUAAGUUGUAUGUAAACUUCCGACUAAAACUGUACAUCUCUACUCUGUUAUCACUUAUUUUAUUGUACUGUGCGAGAAUCAUUCAGAUUUGUACAAUUGAGGUCGCCGUUCAUAGUUGUCAUGUAUUUUAACACAUUUCCUUUUCUCUUUUUUCUGUCUCCUUCUUAGGUCUCUCCACUCUUCUGAACAGCCCAGCGGGAAACCUCUCCUCAAACUCCCCCAGUACAGGCAAGCUCCCUCCCUCCACCCCUACAGUACCCUCUCGAGGCCUUCCUCUCGCCGCCUCUAUGCUCGAGCUAACACCAUCAGCCCCUGCAGUGGGGAACACCACCACCGUCCCUCAAGCAGUGUCCCUUCCCCAGCCCACACUGCCUCUAGCCAUCGGCCCUCAUAGAGGGCUGGUCCUGGAGCAGGAGAAGGAGAAGGAAGAAAAGCCUUCCGCUUCCAGCCUGGAGUCCAAGAUCCACAGCUUUCUGCAGGGUAACCCUGGCUUUAAUGCCUUUAACCUGGGCUUGACUAGCGAGGCCGUCCAAGCGGGAGGCCGUGACCUCAGCCCCUUAGCGGGGACAGAGACCCAGGAGGGCACCCCGGUACGGGAUGAGGCCGGAGGAGGCACCCCCACCCUGGAUGAGAUCAUGGACACUCCGGGGGAAGCAGAGCCCUUCCUGGCCAAGCAAGGUCAGGUCUCCACUGGGGGAGUUCCUAAACCAACAGAUGGCAACCUGUCUCUGUCUCCAACUGCCUGCCACAACCAAGCCUGGCAGGGUCCCAACAACACUCAAGUCCAUUUAGGACUACAUCCAGGUGCUCCGAAUGGGCAGGGGUACCCCCAGUUGCCUUAUGAAGGGAAGGAAGAGAUGCAUGGAAUAGCUCCUUCCCUCAGAGAGUCUGGAUUGGCCCAUUACCAGCCCAUCACAACACAGGUGUCAGCCCCAACCCUCGGGGAGGGGUUACCCAGUAACACACCAGGAGGGCCUCAGGCAAGACCAAGCGCCAGUGUGAGUGAAGGAGGAUGGUAUGGUAAUCCCUACCCAGAGGGACAGGCCCUGCAUCCCAGCAACCACAACAUGGCUGCCUCAGGGGCUGGAGAUGGUAAAACCCCCAUGUCAGGACCGUAUGCAUACCAGGGGGAGGGGCAGACGCAACCCUAUCAAACAAAGGAUCCUCAUGCUCUGCCUUUCCAACAGGGGGCCAACCCCUCAAGCUUCCUCACCAGCCCUCUGCCCCCCAUUCCCCAGCUGCCCCCACCGCCCUUUCCUGGGAUACCAGCCCCACCACAGGACUACCAGGGCCCGCCCGCGUCUGUGAUGGUGGGUGGUUUGAUGGUGGAGCGACCCUCACCAAACCCUGAGAUGGAGGAUGACAGGGCGGGCAUUAGUGCACUGGGCGGUCCGGGGAUUAUCAGUGACCCCUAUCACCCUGAUGACUUUCGCCGCCACCCAGAUGUCCUUCAUCGCCACGCCGAUGACCCAUAUCACCCUGACGAUUUCCGUCGUCACCCCGAUGACCUCCACCGCUAUUCCGAUGAUCUACGCCGUCAGCCUGACAACCUGCAUCACCUUGACAACUUCCGUCACCAUCCCGACGACCUACGUCACCCAGACGAUCGCUAUUAUCACCCAGACGAUUUCCAAAAUCUACCUGUAGACGAUCCUCAUUAUCCUUAUAGAGUCAGAGAGCGCCUCACUCCCCCUCCCUCUCCCUCAGAAGACCCUUAUUACUAUAACUACCCCCCGCGCAGCCCUUCCCCUCCAUAUGGUCACAGACGCCCCCUUCCCCCUCACAUGAACCUGCACCACCAUGACCACAUGCCCCUGCCUCCCCAUCCUCCACACAGUCUUCUCCGCCCAGCUCAACAUCCACACCUGAGAGGCCUCCCACGGGGUCCCCCACGCCCGCCUCUCCGUAGCCCCAUGCUCAGGGGGAAACGGCCUGGGCCUCCUUUCGGUGGACACCCCAGAGGUGGGGGACCAGGUGGUCCGUUCUUUCCCCCCAAAAGACCACACCUACCUCCGCGGUUCUGACUUGUAAACUGACUUAGGUCACAUCAAAUGACAGUGCGUAGUCUACCGAAAUGUCAUUGUGGCAGUGGGCGUGACACAUGGAGGGUAGAAGAGGAGGAGGAGGAGAAGAGAUGAGUUGGGAAAGAAGUUGAAUACUUUAGUUGUACUUUUAAACCAAGAAGGGGAGCGGCGAAGAGGCCUGAGAGGAAGAGGGGGAUAGAUGAGUACAAUUUGAAGGAGAAGUGGAGGAGUAAAUUGGGAGGAUCUUAAGGAAUCGAACGAAGAGCGGAUGAGUGAAGACAUGGAUACGUGGAUCUGGAGAAAGAGGGAAUGGAGAGGUCGGCCUGAACAACGGAGACGCAGCAGAAUAAAAGAAAAUAAGAGGUGGAUAUAUAAUUCAGUUUGAUAUUUGUUCGAAUAUAAAACAUUGCAUUAAAUCUCUAAUUCAUAUUCCCCUCUGAAUUAGCUCUAAGCAUGCAUAUAUAAUUGUGUGCAUGCGUUAGCGUGAGUGAGUUAAAUCUAAAACUACUGUUCAUUAUUUAAACUGCAUUUUAAGACGUUAUUCUUUUUGCAAAGUAGGCCUAAGUGUCAGAGAAGAGUAGUUACUGCUAUGUUUCUCUUCUUGUAAUUUUUCAAUUAAAAGUUGAGGCCCGCUUUCCCAUUGCAAAGACCUAACCAUAAUCCCGACAGCUGAGAUAAUUGCUCCUAUGUAGUCUCUUUUUGUUUACACUACAUUUUAUGUAAGUAGACACAAAGAGAAUGUAAACUUAAUAUUAUCUUUCCUUCAACAAUAUCCGUUUGUGUAGCUGGGGGGGAAAUGAUGAUAAAUUCCAUAAAUGUUAUGACUUUGAAUAUUAUUUAUAUUUGUUAAGCAACACUUUGUUCAGUGUACAUAGUGCGAAUGAUUGAACCCUUUACUGGCUGUGUCAUCACUUCUCAUUUCUCAGAGAAGGAUGACACCAGCACAGGGGAAAUAGAGUAAAACAGGGCUUUGGGUGGCGGGGGGGGGGGGGGGGGUAUUUUUGUUGUCCCUAAACGACAAAGAAGACAAGAAGUUCAUUUUGGAGUUGGAUCAAGAAACUCCACUUUCCGCCUUCAACUACCUUUUACUUGUACUGACUUUAAUAAAAACCUGAGUUUGAAAACAGCAGUGGGAGGUUACUUACUUUAUUUCUCAGCCUUGGGAAAUGCCUCUUGCCUGAGAUGUUUGCCUUUAAUUCUUCCACCACGGUUCCUUCCCAUCAUCACCACUUCCACAAUAACGUUGAUGCCCAUCGGGGUUGUGGUCAAUUCAAGAUGUAAACUGAUGUAACAAUAAAAAUAAAAAUGCAUUAUUGAGUAUUUAUUUUUAAUGACUUCUCUAUGUUGAAAGGGAGACGGUAUAUGUUACAAAAAUAUUUAUUUUGGGAUUUUAAAUUCAAAUCAGUUCCUGGAUUCACUGACUUCUAUUCUAAUUGACCCCAACCCUGAUGCCCAUGCACUAAACGAAAAUCUAAUAGAGAAAUGUAAGUGUGCAGUCAUCUGGUGUGCUGUAGGAAGCAAAUAACCUAAGUGAUUCACAUCUGUUGCCAUGCAACGUGCUGCGUAAUUAAUUUACUUAGAAUGGGAGGUUUAGAAAAUAGAUUUGAUGAGCUCGUGGCCAUGUAUGAGUUCAGCCAACAAGUUCAUACCUUGAUCAGAUUAGAAACACUUGGGGCCUACAUCUUAUGACGCAAGACUUAGCAAGUGUGUUAGAGGCAUAUUAUUACAUGUCAACAGUAAACAACAAAGGAAUAAAACGCGUUUAUUCAACUUUUGUCAGACCUGGCAUGUUUUUGCAAGUCAUUUACUCUGUAUGCAGGAACUUUAUUUCAGACUGGGCCUGUAUUGAUAAAGCGUCUCAGAGUAGGUGUGCUGAUCUAGGAUCAGUUUGGCCUUUUUAGUUAAAAAUCAAUAAGACUACAUGGACAGGUGGGGAACUGAUCCUAGAUCAGCACUCCUACUCAGAUAAGCUUUAUGAAUACUGGCACAGGUCAAUACGAUUUUGCUAACCGUUUCGUCAGAUCGAUAAUGACUCAGUUCUGAAGUACUGGUUUUAAUGGGGGAGGACCAUAGCCCGCUGGUGCCUGAUACAAAAUGGUUGAGAAACACUGUAUUCUGUGACCACAGUGCAAACCUCCACUGACCUGUAACUAAGAUAUAUAUAUAUAUAUAUAUAUAUAUAUAUAUAUAUAUAUAUAUAUAUAUAUAUAUAUAUAUAUAUAGUUAUAGUGCCCUCUGGAAUUAUUGGGACAGUGAAGAAUUUAUUCUUUUUUCUCAGUUCUCCAGCACUUUGUGUUUGAAAAUAUACAAUGACUAUGAGGUUAAAGUGCAGACUGUCAGCUUUAAUUCUUUAUCCAUAUCAGGUGAACCAUUUAGGAAUUACAGCACAUUUUGUACCUAGUCCCCCCAUUUUAGGGGACCAAAAGUAUUGGGACAAAUCCACACAUAUGUGUGUGUUAAAGUAGUCCUAAGUUUGGUAUUUGGUCCCUUAUUCCUAGCACGCAAUGAUUACAUCAAGCUUGUGACCCUACAAACUUGUUGGAUGCAUUUGUUGUUUGUUUUGGUGGUUACUGAUUAUUUUCUGCCCAAUAGGAAUGAAUGGUAAAUAAUGUAUUGUGUCAUUUUGGAGUCACAUUUAUUAUAAUGAAUAUAAUGUUUCUAAACACUUCUACAUUCAUGUGGACACUACCAUGAUUACGGAUAGUUAGAUGCACAAAUAUCAUCCAACAAGUUUGUAGAGUCACAAGCUCGGUGUAAUCAUUGCUUGAUAGGAAUAUGGGGCCAAAUACUAAACUUUUGACUACUUUAAUACACAAGUGAAUUUGUCCCAAUACUUUUGGUGCCCUAAAAUGGGGGAGGGACUAUGUACAAAAAAGUGCUGUAAUUUCUAAAUGGUUCACCCGAUAUGGAUGAAACCUCAAAUGAAAGCUGACGGUAUGCACUUUAACCUCAUAGUCAUUGUUUGAUUUCAAAUCCAAACUUUUGGAGUAUAGAGCUGAAGAAGGGAAAAAUGCUAAUUACGGAGGGCAAUGUAAAACAAGUGAUACAGAAUGUUAGUACAAGAUUGGUUAGAUUGACUGGUUGAUGGGCUUUUAGAUCAGGGGCCUUAUUCAUAAAGCAUCUCAGAGUAGGAGUGCAGAUUUAGGAUCAGUUUUGCCCUUUUGAUCACAAUAAAUAAGAUUUUAUGGACAGUUUACCUGAUUCUAGAUCAGCACUCCUACUCUGAGACGCUUAAUACAUAUGGAACCAGGUUUAAUUUAAUUGAAUGGUCUCAUUCAAUUUAGACAGUAAAAGUGCAUCCAAAAACACCUGGAUCUGCUGUUGAUUGACUUUUGUGAACAAUAACUUAUGUUAAAUAAUGAAUGGUUAGUGAAGGACCUUAAUUAAGGUUACCUGAACAUUAGGACUAGACUAUGCCCUGCCUUCGGUCAAAGUUUUCGCUGCCAGUGCUCACUAUUAAGAGAUAAAGCCCAUCUCCCAUAGCCUGCAUCACUAUGCUUCCUUAAAUACUUUCAACCUACAGUUGUGGAAAAACAGUACUUAAAGGCCUGGGGUCAUAUGUAUCAAGCUACCCAGAGAAGGAGUGCUUAGAAUCAGUUUAGAUUACAGGAAUGGACCUGGGGCAACUGAUCCUAGAUUAGCACCACUACUCUUAACACGAUUUAUGAAUACAGGCCCAGAUCCUCAGUAAUGUUGCGGUUGCCUUAUGCUUUACUAAAAAGAUGAGCUUUGAUCAAUUUUGUAAUUUAAAUUAAUUGCAGCCAGUUCUGCAGUGCUAGUUUGUUUAAAUUCUGGCCUUGCCCAUGACUUCAAUAGAAUCCAUUAUCUAUGUGAUUCUUUACAAUACUAGAAUACCAAAAUAAACGAAACACUUAAAUGCUGUCAGAGAAAAUAUUUCUCAGAGUAGGUUUUGAAUAUGUAAUGAGGGAACCUGUGGUGUAAAAAGUACUCAAUUGUCAUACUUGAGUAAAAGUAAAGAUACCUUAAUAGAAAAUGACUCAAGUAAAAGUGAGUCACCCAGUAAAAUACUACUUGAGUAAAAGUCUAAAAGUAUUUGGUUUUAAAUAUACUUAUGUAUCAAAAGUAAAUGUAAUUGCUAAAAUAUACUUAAGUAUCAAAAGUAAAAGUAUAAAUCAUUUCAAAUGUUUUAUAUUAAACAAACCAGACAGCACCAUUCUUGUUUUUUUAAUUUACGGAUAGCCAGGGGCACACUCAAUCACUCAGAUAUAAUUUACAAAUGAAGCAUGUGUCUAGUGAGUCUGCCAGACCAGAGGCAGUAGGGAAGACCAGGGAUGUUCUCUUGAUAAGUGUGUGAAUUUUUACAUAUUGCAAAAUGCAUCCCCGUGUGUCGACCCUGACCACUAUGUGAAAACGGUUUUCUCCGUUCGCUAUAAGUAAAAAUGGGGAUCACAUAGGCCUAUAUAAAAAUAGAAUCAAAACUUUUGUGUAGGGUAAUAUUAGACAUACUGUAGAUGUGCAUGUUUCAUGCAUGCAUACAUAUAAACGUGGGCAAUGUUCAGUACUCGGGCGCUAGAUGUCAGUAAAGGCUCUCAUAGGCAUUUGUCUCGCAGUAGGAACAUACGUUAAUCGAAAGAACAGUCGGAUAACAUCUGAGCAAUUUGAGACACGUAGGCUAGUGUUUAAUUGGAAAAGUAAAGUUAAACAAAGUGCACCGCGUUUGUUACUUUGUAUCGCACGGUCAUGGUUUACGUGUAGCGUAAUGUUGCCUAUUCAUAAGUGCCUCCUCGCCUAACGAGAGCAUGGGACGUUUCCCCGCUCAUCGUUAGAGCCCCGCACUGUGAUUUGAUGGUCUUGACGGAUGUUUUAAAUUGUGGACAGUCAGUGCGCGUUUUCGAACUGUGCAGUGUGCAGGCCAGGGGCGUGUUCAGCAGGACGCAACGUUUUGUAACGUUCAGAUAAAAAUAUGCUAUGUUGGACAGACAUGCUUAAAAUCCAACAUGUAGAAUAAGGAAUCAAGACGGCCCUAUUCAUUGAAUUUAUAUCUGCAACGUUCAAAAACGUUUUGCAACUGAACGUGGCCCAGGUGCUGGCACAUUCAGGAAAGGGAUUGACCAACAAAGAUGAGAAAUAUAGGAUACAUGUAGGUACAGGAUAAUAUCCGACAAAAUAGUGACGUUGUUACGAAUGUUGAAUGGAAAACUAUAGAGUUAACAUGGAGUAAAGAAAUUGAUUUUUGAAUAUUAUAGCCACACUAAGUGCAUACCAUCAGAUAACAAAAAUGUUAACAAAGGAGCAAAUACAUCCCUCUGACGUUUUCAUGUGCAAAUAGCACUUAAUUUAGUCCUUUAUCUGUGUAGUGCUCAAGGAAGGGCAUUCCUUGAGAACAACAUUACUUUUAAAAAAAACAUGACUUGCAGCUUUAGCCUACCAAGGUGUCAUUUGACAGAAAAACUAAACAAUAGAGUAGGUAGCCCUACAGAUUGUUAAAAGGUGUAACCCUUGUGGGAUUUUGUUUUCAUAAAACAACUGUGAAGUGAUGUCUAUCUCUGAUCUGAGCAUAGCCCUUACUAGGAUCAUGGUUAGCCUAAUUUAUUGUGAAUUGUUCUAUUUUAGGUGCUUUAUUGAUUGAUUUCCCUCACCUUAUCUUACCUUGUUCUAAUACCGAUGUUCUUUCCAUCCUUCCUUUCUCCUGUUAAUAGUAAACUGGAUGACUCUGAUAUGGUGAUCUGUGUAAGGAGUGGGAAACUGCUGGCGUGAGUGACAAUACAACAAGGACUGAUAUUAUCUCCUCAACGUCUACUAACCACGGUAAGAAAACGUUUAACACCGCCGAAGAAGUACUGAAUACAGGGCAGUUUCUCUGACACAGAUUAAUCCUUGUCAUUGUCUAAAAUGUAAUUGCUAAUUUGCUACGUGAGGCUUAUUUUAUCUAAUAUAAGUUUAGUAAUGGUUAGGUUGUUAUGAAUGCACCGAUAUAAGUGGACGCACGUGGCAUUUCCGCAACUUUGAAAAAAAGUACUUGUUGUCAUAGAGAUAGGUGACUUAUCAUGGACAUAACCCGUUUUAACAUGGACACUGCUCUCACCGUUUUAACAUGGACACCGCCAUUGAGGGCUUCCACCAUUCCAUCAUGGGUGGGGAUUCCUUUGAGUUAGGAGCAAUCAGCCAAUAAAGAAGAUGAAAAUGGACUACUUUAAAAUUGAGAGAGCCUCAAUGGCACUGCCCAUGCUGUCACAGACUCUAUAAUGGCACAGAUACAAAGAUGAGUCCUCUAUCUAGCUCUAUGGCCUGUUCACACUUAUCUCAAUUUUCAUUGGCUAGAAUGAUCACACCUGAUCUCGCCUGUCUUCCAUCUUUGAGGACAUGUAUUUCCAUUGUUGGAGUGGUCAAUCUACUAUCUUGUCAAUAUAAUAUACAAUCUUUGGUUGUAUCGGCCCGAUGUCUUGGCAAUAAAGAGAUUGUGUUUGUAACUCUUAUUGGGAUAGUCCCCACCAUGCGCGACACACAUCGACCACAUAUUUUAAUGGUGUAGGCGUUAUUUUCAGUGAAGCCAUUGGCUGGCUAGCUAGCUAGCUAUGUUCUUUGCUAAUUAGCUAGCUGGAAGUUGUGUUUUUGCUAGCACACUGGCACAAGUGGGGUCAUGCCUCCAGUUGGAGCCACGCCUCGCGGUUGUGUGAUUUGCUAAAGUUAAAUGAUGACAAAUACUUUACUCAAUAAGUCACUCCCAUAGAAUUCUAUGAUCACUCACACUAGGCCUAUUUUGCAUCGUUGACAUCCCAGGUUCAUAUGCGCUGUGCGCAAUAGCCUGGGAACGACGUUACUAUAAAGGGAAUAGGGUGCCAUUGGGGAUGCAACCUAAUGCAUACCUACUAAGCUCAGCUGGCCAACUGGCUGUAUUGUUAUGACUGAUUUGCUGUGUGUAACUUUGUCCUGUCUGUCUUUGAAUGUCUCUUGAGAAGAGAGGUGAGGGCUGUGAGAGUGAGGAGGAGAACCAGAGGGGAGCAGAGUGGUUCAGAGAUGGCUGAAGGACAUGCCACUGCCACUUAGUCAGGGACAGUAAGUACAGCCAGAAUGAAUGAGCAUGGUGCUGCAAACAUGAGGCCAGACAGGUUAAUCUCUCUGUUUGACACACACACACAGUAUUCUACUUUGGAAGAUUCUGUACAUUUAAACCAUGUAUUUUACUUAACAGAUUUGAUUAAAAUAAAAGUAAUAACAUGUUUGCUUCUCUUUACACAAUAAAAUAUUUAUAUUGUCAUAACAAACAGAUUUUAUUGCUCAGUUACUUGUAUCUUUUGCAUUAACUUUAGACUGACAUCAUAUCCAUUGUUGAUGCAUUAUGAGGCACAGUGAGUGACAGUCUAGAUACUCCCAACUGUGUUGAUAGGAUCAUCAUAUUAAUAUUUGUUGGAUAGAUUACAUUUUUACAGAAAGUGUUCUAUCUUGAAAAUGUCACCGCUGACAUGCACACUUUUUUGGACUGUAUUAACAGCAGACAAAUUAGCAAAAUAUGUUUUCCCGGAGUAAAAUAUCCCUUUGUGAUUUUAAUAUAAUGAUAAACUACAAUCUGUAGUUCUCUCAGGCUUCUCUGUCAUCAACAGUGAAAUAAUAAAAUUUGACAAAGAGAUAAUAAUUAUGUGCAUAAGCCAUUGUAGAAAUGGUUGCCAGAUGUCGUUGGUCAGCUAGCCUAACCAGUGCUUGACUUGGACUGAAAUAGGUUCCGGUACUCAUUUUGGAUGCUGAUACUAUUUAUAUUUAGGUGCAGGAGCGCCACAAUACUUUUGAGAUAAUAUUUUAAAAGAGGAACAGGAGCUCAAGCAGUAGAAAAUGUGAGGUGCAGGUGAGCCCCUGCCCAAGUCAAGCACUGAACCUAACUUUUUUCUUUUCUUCUUGUCAAUUGAAAUGCACCAUCUGAAAUAAUCACCUGCCAAUUUCAACAAUUUUCUAAAUGUCAGCCAUUGUAUUGCAUCAUCAAGAUGAGUAAGAUCAACUCGAAAGGUAGUCUUAAGUUCUUAGUCCUUUUAUCCAUGCAUGUGGAUAAGCUCGCAUCUCCUACAAGACCAUGGUGCUUGCCUACGGAGCUGUGAGGGGAACGGCACCUCCUUACCUUCAGGCUCUGAUCCUACACCCAAACGAGGGCACUACGUUCAUCCACCUCUGGCCUGUUAGCCCUCCUACCUCUACGGAAGCACAGUUCCUGCUCAGCCCAGUCAAAGCUAUUCGCUGCUCUGGCACCCCAAUGGUGGAACAAGCUCCCCCACGACGCCAGGACAGCGGAGUCACUGACCACCUUCCGGAGACACUUGAAACCCUACCUCUUUAAGGAAUACCUGGAAUAGUAUAAAAGUAAUCCUUCUACCCCCCCCCCCCCCCCCCCCAUAAAAAAAAAGUGGUUGUCCCAUUGGCUAUCAUAAGUUGAAUGCACCAAUUUGUAAGUCACUCUGGAUAAGAGCGUCUGCUAAAUGAUGUAAAUAUAAUGUGCGCUGGGAUGUAAGUGGGGAUAGGAUUUAAAGACGGAUGGUAGUCUCACCAUUCGAGGCACAUUUAAGAAGUGGUUUGGGUUGGGUACAAUAUUGAGUAGAAAAAAAAGAUGAACACCACUGGCUAUUUAAAACUGGGAUAAACCCAAUGUGGUUUUCGGCAAGAGCUCAUACAAGUAUGUUAUUCAUUGUGAGAACGUUGUACAGUGUAUGUACGGUACGUGAUUAUUUGAAGUGCCAUGAUUAGGUAUGUGAAUGCUGUCAUGUGGGCCUAUUGUUUACAUGUUCACUCCUUGAGGGUAAAGUGGGUGUGUGCAGCAGAACCAUUCAAAUGACUUAUUAUGAAUUAUGUCAAAUCUAAACAGAUAUUUUGACAGGAAAAAAAAUAGGCAACUGAAAACAAUCGGAGUUUCAGUCAGCGACCGCAUCUACAACAAUUUCAGCACCGCGGUCAGCUCUCACUACUAGAACAAAAGACAGAUUUGCGUCCCUUGAUGUCAGGCACCGUCAACAAGUGCAUGGCUAAAAUGAAGGACGAAAACAUGUCAAAACCAAAAAUCCCUCUCAUGCUGUUAUAAUAUAUCAUUUACGUCCAAUAAAUGUUAAAUAUUAUAAGAUUAAGUCAUCCAUUUUGUGUCAUUAUGUUGUCUUAUACUGCACAGUCAAAAAAAAAUCAGAGAAUGGAGGAAGUGUCUUCUUAUGACCAGUCCUGGUAGAAUUCUUAGACGCUUCCUACCGGCAGACAUCACGGCUUGUUACAACCCAAGGGAACAUAUAGAUCGACAGGGAGGGAGACACCGGUUUACGACGUCAAAGGCAACGGAGUACACAGACUGAGAGCCAGCCAACGCGGGAGCGAGCGGCAGCAAUAG